GUUCGGUUGUCAGGGAGAAACAAGAUGGCGGCCGCGGCCGCGGAGGAGGACACGGAGCUGCGGGAUCUGCUGGUGCAGACGCUGGAGAGCAGCGGGGUGCUCAAUAAGAUCAAGGCAGAGUUACGAGCAGCUGUUUUCUUGGCAUUAGAAGAACAAGAGAAAGUGGAGAACAAAACCCCUCUGGUAAAUGAAAGCUUGAAAAGUUUUUUAGGUACAAAAGAUGGUCGCUUGGUAGCAGGGCUUGUUGCAGAAUUCCUACGUUUUUUCAAUCUGGAUUUUACCUUGGCAGUUUUCCAGCCUGAAUCAAGCACACUAAAUGGCCUUGAUGGCAGAGAAAACUUAGCCCGAGAUCUGGGAAUUGCAGAGCCAGAAGGGACUGUGAGUGGCCCCCUCUUGUUGGAGGUUGUUAGAAAAUGUCAGCAGAACAAGAUUUCAGGCAGUGGAGAAGAGGCCCCAGUUCUGAGUGACAGCCUCUGCCCCACCUCCAAAUCAUCUGAUGGGAGAUCAAAUACACACCCUGUACCAAAUAAGGCAGCUGAAACCACUCAAAGUGAUACAAGUAUCUCAUCAGGGGAAGGAAGCAAAAGAAGCAUUAAUUUUCUGCCUAAUGAAACAAAGCCAGAUCCUCAACUGGAAAACAAAGACUUAAAUACCAAAGAGAAAAGUGAUCCAAGUGUGGAUGAAGAUGAUGUAGAGGGAGAUUCUUUCUUUGAUGAUCCUAUACCCAAACCAGAGAGGAGUUAUGGCUGGCCCCUUGAUAAAACUAGUGGUGCUGAUGAAGGUGCAGGAGCUCUGGCUGGGAAAGAAGGCAGGCAGAAGCCUUUGCAGAGGAAAACUGAAGCCAAUAAAGCAGGAGGUCUGGCAUCCCUUUCUGGUGCACCACCUCUUCAGAGUGGGCUGAGCUCCCUGACUGGUGCACCUCUGCUGAAGGAGUCUGAUAAUUCAACUAGAAACUCUGUUCUCAAAAACCUGCAGUUGGUGAAUGCAAAACUGGGAUCACUGGAAUUAGGAAAUGGAGAUGAUGAUGAGUAUGCUGAUGACUUGAACAGUACCAGUCAUCGCUCAGAAAAAAGUGACAUCAGCAUUGGUGAAGAAAUAGAUGAAAUUUCUGUGGAAACAGAAGGGUCAAAUGCCAGUGAUAAACUUGAAGGCAUCACACAAGACCUCACCAUUUCCCAACUAAGUGAUGUUGCAGACUAUCUGGAAGAUGUGGCAUAGAACAGGACAGCAAAAAUGUGUCAUUGUGCUGGACUAGGAGACUGCUGUGGACUGUUAAUUUCAGACAAUCACUUUUUGCUGGAAUGUCCACUCCCUAUUUGUGCCUUGUAUUUCAAAAAAAAAAAAAAAGAAAAAAGACUGUAGGUGGAGAAGGCUUUUCAAUAUUCUGAACAAGAACUAAAUGAAAUAGUUGAAUUACCAGAAUUGUUCUCUUCAUUUAGUUCAUUGAGACCUUUUACAGCAGGAGGUGGAUUUUGCUACUAAAAUGUCCAUUGCUGGCAGUGGGCAGAAUAAAAACAUCUACAGAGAGGCAUCUGGCUUUAUAAUGAACUUGCACUGCUAUUGGAACAGUCUGAAUUUAUUAUUUUUUUUUAAAUAUAACCAAAGCAAGAACCUCCAGUGGUAGUGGUUCAACUCACACUUGUUUUGACACAAUUUUGUCAGCUCAGCGUCCAGUGGAGAUUUAUGGUAACGAGCCACAAUACCUGAUUGUUCCAGGCUUACUUGAAACUGCUGUUUUUCAGACUCUUCUGAAAGUUGGAUUUAUUGGCUUUUUUAAGGCAUAUCAAGUUGAGAGUGUCUCAGCUCUCACAUCUAAAUUUAGGAGCUAAAUUGAGUCUUAACUCUGAAUAUUCUUCUUUAAAUACAUUUGUCAGACCAUUGAUGUUCAGGUUUCAGCUGCUCUUACAGAUGAUGAUUUCAUCCGUGUGAUCUCUUGGUAAAUCACAAGUCAUUUGGUAAGGAUCCACAAAUCAUUAACUAAACCAUAUUGGGGUUUUUUUCUCUGAAGUGUUUAACAGCAGGGUGAUGGUUUGUGGAGCUUUUAUUACUGAGGGCUCUUCAUGUGCUGGGACCUCACUCCCAUUCUUGAAAAUCCUUGUUAGGGAAAAUGAGUGUGGAGGAGGGAAAGCACUGACCUGCUGGUUAUCAGAUUAACUGCUGUGCAGGGUGAAAUCAGAACGUCUAAAAGCACCACCCAGAAGACAUGGCAGACAAU